AUGGAGGGCGAUGAGGUUAUUGGUGCACCGAAGCAUCCCGACUGGCUGCAAAUGGCUAUCCCGCUAUCAUCCCGCUAUGCGCCGCGACAUCGUCGACCAUCACGACAUCUCGUCCUCUCCCUCUUUAGUGGGGGGGGCGAGGUUCUUAACUUAAUGAACGUCUACUCUGACGAUCAACACACAGCCAUUGAGCACCUCGCUGCUCGUGUGCAUUCUUUACCACCUUUCAUUUAUAUGGCUGGUGACUUCAACUGCGUGUCGACGACUUGGGAUGACUAUGAGCAUGGCGAGUCGUCAACGGCAAUAUCCCUGCAGGACACCGCAUCUCAGAUCGGCCUCGAGUGGGCAUGA